GUCACAUUGUUACCAGGUGGGAUGGUUAAAUUAAAAAAGGAUUGACAUUAAUCUGUCUAAGCAGACACUGUUGUCAUUAUACAAUCAAAAACUAAAUGGACAUGAUUGGAUGAAGGUAUUUGUUUGGACGAAUGUCUUACUUGAACAUGUAUGACCUCAAACUCACAUGGCUGUCAGAUUCAUAACAGUGGGAGGUUAUUCCCCACUCAGCCACCAGAUGUCAGUCAUAAUUUCAUAAAGACUGUUGCCCAGUUAUGGAAACUUGGGCUGUUAGGAAAAGAGGAGCUCAUGUUGCACAACUGCGCCUGCACAGCUCAACAUAUUUACGCAGUUAAGUUGAUUUUAAUCGAUGGAUUCCUUUGGGAUUAUUAGAUUUUAAGCGUAUAAAAGACCAAUGCACAUGCAAAUGCACAUGUUUUAUUAUGCACUGUAUUGUCACGCAGAUCACGAAGUCAGAAUGACAAAGCAAAUGUACUUCCAUAUCGUGCAAAGCCAUCACUCAGUGUGACCAAACAAACAAACAAAGCACAUGACAGAGAGAGACGUUGGAUUUCUUUGGAACCAAUUGUAAAACACGGGUAGUUUCGGUGCCGCCCUCGUCUCAGCCCUGCUAUAAAGACUGUGACGCAACGUUGCCAACAACAAAUGCUUCCAACGCUUGUGCACAGAUCCACUGAGGGAAUAUUCAAAGCGCUGGACUACUGUCACGCUUUUCUCACUGGGAUUUAGUUUUGACUUGCAAACAUGAUUCCAGAGGAGAGCUAUGGAUCCAUUGAGAACAGGAUGCAGUCUGUGGGUCUGGCUCUGGAGGAGUUGCUGGUGACAGCUCAGAAACAAGACUGCCUGACUGUUGGCAUUUAUGAAUCAGCUAAACUUCUUAACGUAGACCCAGACAGUGUGGUGCUGUGUGUUCUGGCAGCCGACGACAGAGACGAUGCAGACGAUGUGGCACUGCAGAUCCACUUUACUCUGCUACAGUCCUUCUGCUGCGACAGCGGCAUUACCAUCCUGCGAGUCUCAGGACUUCAGAGGCUCCAGCAGCUGCUGGGUGCUGUGGAUGCAAACAGAAAUCAGGAAGAGAAUGGAGACCUUCACUGCAUGCUGGUUACGAACCCCCAGGCUGACCACUGCAGACUCCAAGAGGUGGGGACCUACUGCCAGGAGAGUCGACGCAUUGACCAGUGGGUGCCUGAACUGGUCCUGCAGGAACGCUGAGGGUCUAGCACCAGCAUACACCAACAAACAGGAGCUUUCUGGGUUCAGAUGAACUGAAGGAUCCAUUGUUGCUCAUGCAGGGACGGCCUGGAGCAGACUGGGAUGGGCUAUCCUGACUGAUGACAAGCAGGAACCAGGGACUUCCUCUCAGCGACUAGUGAAACAGUCAGAGUGGAGAACGGUUUACAAAAUCUGCUUUGUGCAAAAGAUACAGACAGAAAAGCAGAUUCACAUCCAGGUCACAUUGUUUUUACAUCGUCCGUAAAUCUAAGCUUCUAUUUUGUGCUUCUCUUUGGCUACAAUACAAUGUUUUUGGGGUGUGACAAUCAAUAACAGGAGUAGUAGCAUUGAAAGAAACGUGUCCACACCCCGAUUAGUACCUGGAAGACCUGUGUGUUUGGACUGGACAGGAAUGCUGUAAUGAAACUGUGCCCAACAUUCCUGUGUAUUCUGUCAUGGGAGAGUCCUUGGAGAAAAGGCGUGUGUGAAUGUGUGGUAUGCGUGCACAAUACUUGUGUCUUUCUUUAGAAAUGACUGGGCGGGCAGCGUGUGCGUUCUUGAAAUGAGCAGCUGAACCUGCGGAGGAAUCGUCACCAUGGAAACUGAAAUGGAAAUGAUGUUCAAGUUAAAGUCACACAGGGUUUAUUGGCAUUUCAGGGCCAAAAAUAAACCGAGGGGGGGCAAUGGACAUGAUGUUUCUGGUCAGAGGAAGAUACAGAGUGAGCAGAAUAAUGAACUGUGUGUGAUCUGAUGGAAAAAUGUCGGCUGUAAAUUCACAUUGUGCUGCAAAAAAAAACACAGUCAAUAUCUUUGUGCCUUCAGGAGUGCUGCUUUUUAUGAUCAAAUGCUGUUAAAAUAAUAUAAACAGUGCUACACUAGUAACUUAUUGAUUGUAUCAGUUGUUUGUGUAGCUAUUUAUGAUCUGUGCUCUGUUAACUAAGUCAAUAAAUUAUGAGUUCCUAAGUGUU